UUGUUCAGCCGGUCGCGCUGGCUUCGCCGCCGCUGGGCUGGUCCUGCCCCCUCGGCGAGUCCCGGCGUCUCCUCAGAGCUGGGAGAGGCGGCCGUCCUGGGCGGUGAGCUCUCCGUGGUCCUCUGGCGCGGGCCGCCAUGAGCAAACGGAAGGCGCCGCAGGAGACUCUCAAUGGGGGCAUCACCGACAUGCUCACAGAACUCGCAAACUUUGAGAAGAACGUGAACCAGGCUAUCCACAAAUACAAUGCCUACAGAAAAGCAGCAUCUGUGAUAGCAAAGUACCCACACAAAAUAAAGAGUGGAGCCGAAGCAAAGAAACUGCCUGGAGUAGGAACAAAAAUUGCUGAAAAAAUUGAUGAGUUUUUAGCUACUGGAAAAUUGCGUAAACUGGAAAAGAUUCGGCAGGAUGAUACGAGUUCAUCCAUCAAUUUCCUGACUCGAGUUAGCGGCAUUGGUCCAUCUGCUGCAAGGAAGUUUGUAGAUGAAGGAAUUAAGACAUUAGAAGAUCUCAGAAAAAAUGAAGAUAAAUUGAACCAUCAUCAACGAAUUGGGCUAAAAUAUUUUGAGGACUUUGAGAAAAGAAUUCCACGUGAAGAAAUGUUACAAAUGCAAGAUAUUGUACUAACUGAAGUUAAAAAAGUGGAUUCUGAAUACAUUGCUACAGUCUGUGGCAGUUUCAGAAGAGGUGCAGAAUCCAGUGGUGACAUGGAUGUCCUUCUCACCCAUCCAAGCUUUACUUCUGAGUCAGCCAAACAGCCCAAACUGCUGCAUCGUGCUGUGGAGCAGUUACAAAAGGUCUGUUUUAUUACAGACACUCUGUCAAAGGGUGAAACAAAGUUCAUGGGUGUUUGCCAGCUUCCCAGUAAACACAAUGAAAAGGAAUAUCCACACAGGAGAAUUGAUAUCAGGUUGAUACCCAAGGACCAGUAUUACUGCGGUGUCCUCUAUUUCACUGGGAGUGAUAUUUUCAAUAAGAAUAUGAGAGCUCAUGCCCUAGAAAAAGGCUUCACGAUCAAUGAAUACACAAUUCGUCCCUUGGGCGUCACUGCCCUGACCCCUCUAACUGAGCCCCAGAGCCGGCUAAUGAGGAAGGCCCUUGUCCCUCCUUCAGGCGUUGCUGGGGAGCCCCUGCCCGUGGACAGUGAGAAGGACAUCUUCGACUACAUCCAGUGGAAAUACCGUGAGCCCAAGGACCGAAGCGAGUGAGGCCCACCCUCCCUGGCACAGCCCGAUCGGGGUCUUAAUUUAUUUCUUAAGCUUUGCUAUGUGAGGGUCUGUGGUGUUUUUAAAUAACUGUUUCUUCUUCAUGGCGUAGCCUGCACUAUAGUCAAUAAAACCUCUUGUAUGAUUA